AUGAGCAUGGAUUACAGAGAACACAUGCCGAUGAACGAUACAACACUGUCGAGAUUCAGACAAUUUCUUGGAACAAGCAUACACGACGGAUAUACCAGACAUAGAAUAUGUAAGAGCUUGAAAAAAAGUCAUACAAACCUAUACACAAUUUUGACCGCAAAGAGUCUUUUUGACAAGAUGAAAAGAGAUCUGCCAAACCACAUCGAAAGAAUGAACAAAAGAUCUUCAUGGGAUGUGAAUAAAUUUGCGUCCAACAGGAGAGGAAGAGAGUUGGAGAAAAUGCUUGGGAAUGAAUAUCUCCUAUUUAUCGGAUGUAUAAUAAUAUCGUCAAAAAUAUACAUGGAUCUUUCGUACACCAACUUCUCAUGGAUCGAAAUAUGCCAUCACGGGAUCGACCAAAUAAACGCUACAGAGAAACUAAUCCUACAAGUCCUGGACUAUGACGUUAGUCUUCAAUGGAUAGAGCUGAAAAAAAUGUACGACGAAUUCGGCACCAUGCCUGGGGAAAUUCUCUCCGGUCAAAUAGAGAUGAAGCAAAGAAAAGGAUUUUUCAAGUGGGCAUUUGGCUCUUUAUUUCGUCUGAUUUCAUGUGUAGAUACAUGA